AUGAAGUUCACUAGCGCGCUGGCCAUGUUGGCCUCACUGACCACGGCUAUAGCCACAUCAACAUUCACCCCAAUCAAGCCUCCUUCCCAGCCAUUGGCAGUCCGAUCACCGUAUCUCAGUACGUGGCAGCCGGCCGGCAGUGGUGGUGGUAAUGGAGGCUAUCUUGCGGGCCAGUGGCCCAGUUUCUGGAAUGGCAGAACCCUUGGCUGGCAAGGCCUGAUUAGGGUUGACGGUACUACCUACAAUUUCAUGGGCGAUAUGAGCGGCUUGAGUAAUCUGGUUACUCAGACAAACUAUGAAUACACUGCUACACAGAGUAUAUACACGCAGACUGUCAACAACGCGAUCAAAUUGACCGUUACCUUCCUUUCUCCCAUUACUCCCGAUGACUGGAAGCGUCAGUCUCUGGUCUUUUCUUACAUGAAUUUGUCUGUCGAGUCUAUCGAUGGCAAUACUCAUACAGUCCAGGUUUAUUCCGAUAUUAGUGCUGAAUGGGUUUCUGGCAACUCCAACAACAUUGCUCAAUGGGAGUACGGUACCGCCAGUGAUGAUGUGGUUUACCAUCAAAUCUUCCGUCAAACCCAAGAGGCCUGGACGGAAAUUUCAGAUCAGACUGAGUUCGGCAACUGGUAUUGGGCUACUACCUCGCAAAGCGGUUACAGCUACCAGAACGGCGAAGACUCGGUCGUUCGUGCUCAGUUCAUCAACAGCGGAUCUCUUGCAAACACACAAGACACCAACUAUCGUGCCAUCAGCAACUCCUGGCCAGUAUUCGCUCAUGCAUUUGAUCUUGGUAGCGUCGGAACAAGCUCGGUAUCUCGCGUCUUCUCCAUUGGCUUAUGUCAGGACGAGCCUAUUCAGUACACAACCUCAUCCGGUGUCGUUCCUCAGACUUCUCUGUAUCUCGACUACUUUAACACCCAGCUUGAUGCUUUGAGCUUCUUCCAAACAGACUAUGCUACCGCUUAUGAAUUGUCCAGUGCUCUGGAUGCUCAGCUACAGGAAGACUCCGUGAACGCCAACGGCGAGAACUAUGCUAUUUUGACUACUCUUGGCUUACGCCACGCUUUUGGUGGUAUCCAGUGGACUGGUACCGAAGAAUCCCCGCUUGUUUGGUUGAAGGAAAUAUCUUCUGACGGUAACAUGAACACUGUCGAUGUUAUCUUCCCCGCGCAUCCGGCUUAUAUCUACACCAAUGCCACUAUUUUGAAAUUGCUAUUGGAUCCCUUGUUUCAAAACCAGGAAGCCGGCCUUUACCCAAACACCUAUUCCAUGCACGAUAUUGGCGCUCACUACCCUAAUGCAACUGGUUACCCUGCCGGCAAUGAUGAAGCCAUGCCUCUUGAGGAAUCUGGCAAUAUGAUCAUCAUGACCUUGAUGUACUACGCCAUCACAAAGGAUACAAGCUAUCUUGAACAGCAUUAUAAAUUAUUAUCCCAAUGGGCCGAAUACCUUGUCGCUGAUGCUUUGAUCCCCGCCAAUCAAGCUUCCACAGAUGACUUUGAGGGCGCUCUAGCCAACCAAACUAAUCUUGCCAUCAAGGGAAUUGUAGGUAUCCAGGCGAUGUCAGUCAUUGCCAACUUGACUGGAAACACUGCCGAUGCUUCUAACUACAGCAGUAUUGCCUCCGACUAUGUCACUCAGUGGAUCGGAUUCGCCAACGCCACAACCGAUGAACUUCCUCAUCUUACGUUGAACUAUGGAAACUCAAGCACCUGGAGUCUUCUUUACAACGCAUACGCCGACAAAGCUCUCAACCUCGGCAUCAUCCCUCAAUCUAUCUACGACCAACAGAGCGAGUUCUACCCGUCUGUUUUGGAAGCAUUCGGUAUUCCAGUAGACACACGUCAUCAAUGGUCCAAGUCCGACUGGCAGGUCUGGACAGCUGCCACAGCCAACGAACCUACUCGUCAAGAUAUGAUUGAUGCCGUUGCCACUUGGGCCGCUGCUACUUCUGAAUGGUUGCCUUUCGGUGACUUGUACGAGACUCAAACUGGAGCUUACGUAUAUCAGUUUGCCAACCGACCUGUUCAAGGUGGUUUGUUGGCCGUUCUUGUUGCUAAUAUGGGUCUUAUUGUGUAA